GUGUGCAGGUGGUGAGGUGUUUGAGUCUGAACCCACGAUUAGCUGACGAGCCGCCGACAUUUAAGUGACUGACAAGCUGAUAAGAUACACGCUAAAAUGGGCCACCGCAUCUGCUCCGCCAAAGCGCACUUGAAUAACGACUACCGCUGCGGUCAGAAAUACAAACGUACGACGAAAAACGCGUUUUGCGAUCACCUUGCGAUGCUCAAGCACGUCCCCAGCGUGGAGGAGCUGCUCCGCGAGGGGCGCAGCCUCUUCAGGGAGAGGUUCGGCGGCGACCCGGAGGUGGCGGGCUGCGGGCCCGGCCGCGUCAACCUCAUCGGCGAGCACACCGACUACAACGACGGCUUUGUGCUGCCCAUGGUGAGUGGCAGGGAGGAGAGGGGAAUGCGAAAGCGGGCGGGGGCGGAUUUGUCCUUAGUGAUUGCCCUAAUAUGUAGUCAGGGUAGCGCCCUCGCCGCUUUAUGGGACUUGAAGACCAAAAGCAAGGGACGACUGUAAGUGCGCAAAUGAGCA